CAAUAUGUGUUUUUUCUAUCCAGGUAUGUCUUUACUGCAUUGGCAGUGUUUGGGAUCAUUGUCAUGCUGAAAAACAAAGCAGCUGCAAAUCAGAUGCUUUCCACAUUGGGCUGCAUGGAGGAUUAAAAUCUGAGUGUACUUCUCUGUGUUUAUAAUUCCAUCAAUUUUUACAAUUUACAAUUUUUACAUUGUUAUCUGUUGAUUAAGAAUGGCUUCUUGACAGCCACCCUUCCACUGAGACCAUUUCUGAUGAGUCUCCAGUGAAAAGUAGAUGGAUCAACUGAUGAAUUGUCUGGGCCAGACGCAUCUCUUAGGACUUGUGUCACAUCCUUGCUGGAUUUUUUUCUUAUUUCUUAAGGACACGACUUUCAAAUAUUGUUCAUGUAUUACAGAUAGGUUUUUUUUUCGGCCUGCCACUUCUGCUUUUGUUCUCCUCUUGUCCAGGUUCCUCAGAUCUUUUAAUGACACACUGCAUGCUGUACUAAGAUAUGCCAUCUUUCCAUCCUCUAGUUGUUUUUGGAAUAACUGUAUUGGUGCAAAAAUACUAUUUUAUGCACGUUAAAGUGUAUUAUCUGUGGCAUUUUUUUUAUAGAUUCAAAAAAGAGAACAGUUUUGUGACUGUCUGCUACUAACAGAGUGCACAAGGCACAAUUUAAAAUGGAUUUUCUAUUAUGUAGGCAUAAUACUUGUUUAUUCCUGGAGUUAGCCUUGAAUUAAAAAAAAACAUUCCCAAGAAAAUGGUCAGGUCAAAGGACUGGACUGAAAAACUUUCAAAACCCUUUAUAAAGCAUGGAGAACGAUCACUCAAAACCAGAAAGUCUGGCUUCUUGGAAGAUAAAUAUAGAGAAAUGUGGAAUCGUUCAAGACUUACUAGUUUUAUUUUAUGUCAUUACAAAAUUUUGUCAUUGCAUAUUCAGAUCUCAGAUGUUUCCUUUGUUUGCUCGUGAUUUUUUCUCCCUACUUUAUUGUGCGUUUUCAGAUGAACAUGCAGGUUUUCUAAGACUAUAAAUUCAAGCCUAGUCUUCAUAUCAUCCUUAGGUGCAUCCUUUUUAUCCAUAGUACAAGUGAAUCUGUAAAAUGAUUUGCAGCGGAGUCCAUAAACAGAUGAAUUAAUUUAUUAACAUAUUCAUUUUCAAGCAGAAAAUCUGAAACGGUUCAGUGUCCCACCUCUUAAAUAUAGUAAUUUAUUGCUCUUAUAUGUGUGUUGUAGUAACUGAAUAUCUUUUAGUUUAUUUGGCUGGCAUGUGGACAUCACAAGCAUAACAACGAAGAUAGCAACGGGACAUUUUUUGUUUGCUUAUUAGUGCAGAUGUCAAAUAAUAAGGAAGAAAGAGCCUUUGUCCCUCUCGGGAACUGUCUGAGACCCAGCACCCAGUAACCUCUCUGCCAGUUUUGAAACUAGCUUGAAUCUUUAAGAAUCAAGUGUACAUCUUGUUCCAGUUCACUGAGGGUGGGCUCAUCUGUCUGCAUGGUCUCACCUCCUAGUACAAACGUCACAGCAGAAGAAGAGACGUCCCCCUCACCCCACCAGACCCUCAGCCGGCCUACUAUAGUACUAUUAUAGUUCAAGCAAAGGCUAAUUGUUGCUCCCUCACAAAGAGUGCACAGUUCAAAUCUCUGGACGGUGAUUCUUUCUUUUUCUACUAGGGGAAGAUGGCUGUGCUUGUCGUUUGUGCUCUCCUGUGCCUAUCCUGCUGGGUGUCUUUCUACUUUGUCCUGUGUAACGUUAACGGAUCCAGGAGCUACGAAUGGAACUGUCGACUCGUCACGCUGGUGCACGGGAUCCUGGCAGUCUGCAUCACAGCGUACAUAGGCUAUGUAGAUGGACCUUGGCCUUUUACUUAUCCAGGUACAAAGAACACCCCUCUGCAGAUAAGUGCAAUGGUCCUGAGUCUGGGCUAUUUUAUUUUUGACAUGGCCUGGUGUGUGUACUUCCGUACAGAGGGACCAGUUAUGCUGGCCCACCACACCAUGAGCAUCCUGGGAAUCCUGUUGACCCUUUGGUUGGGGGAGUCUGGCAUCGAGUCGUGCGCGGUGCUCUUUGGCAGUGAAAUCACCAACCCUCUCUUGCAGGCGCGCUGGUUCCUCAAGCAGACUGGACGUUACGGGACUCUGCUGGGGGACGUUGUGGACGUCCUGUUUGUGCUGCUGUUUGUGGUGAUGCGAAUCUUCGUGGGAGGCACAAUGCUGUACUGUGAGCUGAUCUCCCCCAGGCCGAGAUUCUUUAUCAAGUGUGGCGGAGUGGCCAUGUACGCCCUUUCCUGGGUCUUUAUGGUAGACAUUGUUCGAUUUGCCAUCCGGAAGAGCAAAAGCUGGCACAAACACCAGAGAGACCGCCAAGAGCUUUUAGCAGCUAAUGGUCAUGAAGGAAAGAAGGAGUGAUCGGCAUCAGAAGGGAAUCAAUUUAUGUCAUUUCUCUGCUCUUCGCUUUGGACACUUGAUGGAAAGUACAUGGAAAGCAACUUUCUCCAUGUUGAAGUGUGAUUUUAGAAAAAGGGAUUUUUAAAUUAAAAAAAAUGCUAAGGCUUCUUUUUGUAAGGUUUGUGGAUUUUGGAGCUGAACAUGCAUAAAAGGUGCAAACAGCACUGACGCAGUUUAUAUCACUGAAAACCAAAGCAUGUUGUAUAAACACACAAAGAAAACCUGUGGGAAGAACAGUUGCCGUUAACUGUGACCUAGUAAUGUGUGGCAGUGUGGCUCCAAAAGGAAGUUCCCUACUAGAAAAGAAAAAGUUUACAUGUAAUGUUGUAGUCCUUGUGAAACACUUUUAGUGAUGUCAACAGACUAGGAUCGGUACUCAGGGAAAUUAAGUAAUAUCAGAAAGAUUGAAGUGUGUUUGAUGUGUUUAAUCAAAUUUCUAUUUAUUUUGCAUCCCUCCUUUAAAGCUCUAUGUUACAGUUUUAUUGAGUCUAUUAAAUUCUAAAUGUGUUCUUUUUAGUGUAAAUUGUAAACUAUAAAUACAUUCUCAUGUUUUCUGAAAUGGUAACCCUUGUCAACUUUAUUGUACCAGAUGUGUGAGGGUGGUCGCGCGUGAGUAAUCAUUUAGACAAGAUCUGUGCUCUGCACUGAUAGCUCCCAGCUAAUUUAAUUUAAUAAGCUGUUUGUUGAAUGUUUCAGUCUCACAGAGAUCUUGUCAGAAAUUGUCCAAGCUUUGAUUAAAUUCAUUCUGAGCUAUCUGUACAUUGUGCAAGUCUUUCAAAAGGUCUUUUUUUUAAAAUAAACCAUUUUGAAAUAAACAUGUUAUACAAUGUUUGCCUUAAUAAAAAAUGUGCUACUGGGAUGAAGACAGGAAGUUUUUAUAUUAAGGGACUAUAUUGACUGAGCCCAGAUUUUUAUGUGCAUUCUUGUCUUAAUUGUGAGAAUAUGUUUUUGUCGCAAUAGGUUAAAAACAUGCCAUCUGUUUGUUUCCUAUGUCUGUUCACCUGACUGGCACUGAGAGAAGUCUCUGUGUGCAUCACCAAUACAUACAAGAAAGUACAAAACCUAACUAGUGUGUGCCUUAGUUAUCUGAAUGUACCUUCCUAAUGUGUUUUUAUCCUUUCUCAUGCACUGUAAACUCAUUCAACGCAGGAGGCGGCGUCACAAGAGCCAUUUUGGGUCGGCGUUUCAUCGUUCACCUUUGUAAUCCCUGUGUAAAGUGAAAUAAAAUAAACUUGACAUGUUGUUUGCAUUCACUAAACAGCAAAUUUACAACUAAACUGAAAUAUCAACUGUGUUCUAGUCAAGCCUAGCGAAACUCGAGAUGAAUUAGUCGACUGAGAGUGAAGUUACCUAAGCUGUCCACAUGAUGGUGUCAUAUCAAUUAUUUAUGAAUGAUGAGAGAGGAAAGAUGUGGUCUUUCUGCAAUUCUAAAAUAGCAAUGAAAAGGGAAGAAAAGCACUUUUUAUUUUAAACACAAAGCAUCAGCAACUUACAUUAAAUCCAUGUGUAACUUUUUGGUUUUUUCUCAUUUUAGCAUAAAUUCGGUCGUUUUGGACCAGUUUUCAGUCUUUACCAAUGCAAAGUGGAGAUAGGUGUGUGUUAUGCUGUGUGUAAUAUACAAUGUGCCUUAUUUAUUGUCGUAUUUACAGUAUAAUGUAGGGUGCCAGAAAUGCAGUAAUGUGUGACUGCAAUGGUCAGCACAGCAAUCACACAGUAGCGCAGUAGUUGUGUAUUUAAGCAAGGUAGUUGUGUGAGAAAAAGGUUAGAGUACAAGCCAGACGGGAAUGUGUUUAUUAAGAAAGAUAAAAUUAUGUACUUUGCAUUGAUAAAUAUGACUCACCACAACCUUAAUGGGACAGAUGAAGUUUUUUUUUUAUCAUUUUCAUUUGAUGGUUGGUUUUGCUUCCAGUAAUAUCACAUGCACAAAAACUGGAG